AUGAUGCUGCUGCAGCUGCAACUAGCCGUGCUCCUUGGCCUCCUGGUCCUGGCCACCUGUAAGGUGCACAAGCAGACGGCCACAAACAGUUGGCGGGAUCUAAUUUUCGGCAGCAAGUGGCUGACUCCCGCUCCGCGUCUAAGGGAAUCAAAGUUCUUGCCCAUUUUCGCCCUGGUUCCCAUCGGUCCUGGCAGCUGUUCAGCGCCAUCGGGUGAGCAGGGAAACUGCAUUCCCAGCAAGGAUUGUGUCCUGCGGAAUGGCAUUCCGGCGGGUCCUUGUGGCGGUGGCUACGGCGUCUGCUGCAUUUUUCUGCAGACUUGCGGCGGUGUGAUACGCGAGAACUCCACCUACUUUGUGAAUCCCAAUCAUCCGGAUGUGUACGACGGAACCGGAAGCUGCCAGGUGACUGUCCAGAAGCUCCAUCCGGAUAUCUGUCAGUUGCGCCUGGACUUGGAUAUGUUUUCGAUAGCACCUCCAGAGGCAGCCAAUCAUCUGUGCAAUCAGGAUCAGUUACUGAUAUCGGGCGGCAGUCCCACACCAACGAUUUGUGGCAGCUCAACGGGUGAUCACAUGUACAUUGACGCAGGUCUGGGCCAGAGUAAUCCCAUCGUGCUGUCGGUCAUCACCAGUGCCAGCUUCCCUCGUCUCUGGCGCAUCCGCGUCACCCAAAUCCAUUGCGGAAGCAUCAGCCGGGCGGAUCAGGGUUGCCUGCAGUACUACACCGCCAUUAGUGGGCGGGUUAGGAGCUUCAACUACAACAACAUAGGGGGCAGGCAGCUCUCCAACCAGGACUACAGCAUCUGCAUCCGGAAUGAGCGCAACUUUUGUGGCAUCCAAUACAAUACUUGUCCGGAUCUGGAGAACAACAGAUCGAGGGCCUUCACACUAUCCGGAAACUCCAACAAUCCGGUGCCCACAAUGGUCGGCGGUGGAGGAACAGUGCCACCGAAUCCCAAUGGAUGUGUGAGCGACUGGCUCCUGAUUGGCUGCAUCCGAUCGGCGGAUAGGAUUCCACCGCUUCCAGGAUGCGAGGAUCGGGUCUGUGGUGGCACUUUUAGUGCCGAGGCUGGAAUGCUUGCAAGAACUGUGCAAUCCAGCGUUCGUCCCUUUCGACUUUACUUCCACACAGACGGAGUGGAGGCCCCCAAUGACAUCGAUAAUCGAGGUUUUUGCCUGGAUUAUGUCCAGCAACCUUGCACAAGUGGCUUUUAA